AUGACAUGGGGAGGGGCGAUGCAUGAGAUGCGUGACGUAGCGGUACCCCCUGAGAGGGGCCCCGGCUCCAGCAGGAAGGGUUAUGUAAGUUUUCAUCUGCCAGCCCUCCUGCCUGCCUGCCACAGCCUCACAUUCACGCUGUUGUUGAGCGGGGAGCAGCUGCGGAGAGGCCAGACACCCGUCAGUGAGGCAGUCAGUCACUGA